AGCUUAGUUCAAAAUACCGCCUCAUUUCGCACUAACAACUCUCGCCCCCUUCUUCCUCACCCCGAUUCAACAACUUUCAGAUGGAUUGGGAAGGGCAAAAGCUAGCAGAGCAACUGAUGCAGAUAAUGCUGCUUGCAUUUGCUGUGAUUGCAUUUGGAGCUGGAUAUUUCCUGGCUUCUUUCCAAACAAUGAUUCUCACAUAUGCUGGCGGUGUAGUUCUCACCACAUUAGUUACUCUUCCGAAUUGGCCAUUCUUCAACAACCAUCCUCUUAAGUGGUUGGACCCAAGUGAGGCGGAGAAGCAUCCGAAGCCACAACCAUCUGUGAGUGUAACUGCAAAAAAGAAGUCCGUCAAAAAGUAGGUUUGUUUUUCUUUUUGCUUAUGUUUGGACUAGCUUUUCUCUGAAGUUGAUCUUUUGAUCUUUGACAGAAAUUUGCAUUUCUUUGAAGUAUGUUUGGCUGUAACUCUAAAACAACAAUUUAGACAACUAGUUUUUAUUUGCAAAUUACAAAAUGAAUCAGUGUGUAUCUAUAACUUUGUGGAGGCUGCCUGAAAUAAUUUGGAAUGGAUAUAUUUGACUACAA